AUGUUAGGAGGAAAAGGAGGUAAAGUGAAGUCGAAAGCAAAGUCGAGGUCCUCGAGAGCUGGUCUGCAGUUCCCCGUCGGACGUAUCCAUCGUCUCCUUCGCAAAGGCAACUUCGCUGAGCGCGUGGGUGCGGGCGCUCCCGUGUAUUUGGCCGCAGUGUUGGAGUACUUGGCGGCUGAGGUGCUCGAGUUGGCCGGCAAUGCCGCCCGCGAUAACAAGAAGACCCCUGAGCGCGUGGGUGCGGGCGCUCCCGUGUAUUUGGCCGCAGUGUUGGAGUACUUGGCGGCUGAGGUGCUCGAGUUGGCCGGCAAUGCCGCCCGCGAUAACAAGAAGACCCGUAUUUAA